AUGAUCAACCAAAAAUUUAAGCUCAUGUUCAAGACUUGCUUUGUUUUUGAACGCAAAAGACCGAUAGAAGUUAACGUGAACAUUAUUUUAAAAGUAGGUCAUUUGCACACUAACGGAUUUGGUUACCGAGCUUUAGUACAGUGUGAAGUUCUAAGUGUUGAAUUAAUGAUAGAAGUAAUUUGUGGUCAUGGCAGAAAAUGA